AUGGCCAUCAAGACUUUGGAAGUGAAGCCCUUCUUUUCAUCGGAGAAUUCCUCCGUCGACUUUGGAGCCGAGAUCAGUCAUGUCAACCUGGAAAGCCUCGGCGAAGAGGACUUCAAAGUCAUUCGCAAUGCUUUAUAUAACUACCAUGUUGUAGUCCUCAAGAACCAAGCUGGGCUCUCCCCCAAAGCUCAGUACGAGCUUACUCGUAGAUUCGAUCCUACUGCUGAAACAUAUGGUCAUGGCAAAACUCUUGAUGCGAAACGAUCAGUCCUCCAUCCUGAUUUGAAAACGAUUCCUCACCAAACGCAAGUUCAGGUAAUCGGAAAUGGAUUUUAUGAAGAAUAUGAAGGGUUGGAAAACAUUACUCUCAAGCACCCUCACCACAAAGUCUUCCACAAGACUGCUGUUCCAGAGGAAGAUGAUCUAGCAGUCACACGUUUCUACAGGUGGCAUAUUGAUGCUGCCCUGUAUGCACUCAACCCACCUAAAGUAACAUCUUUGAUGGCCGUUAAGGUUCCUGCUGGUCGCCGCCAGACGCUCCGUUAUGAUGAUGGAACCGACGAAGAAAUGGACGUCCCUCUUGGUACCACCGCUUUCAUAUCUGGUCAAAAUAUGUACAACCUAUUAAGCGAGGAAGAUAAGGAGUUUGUCCGUGGGGCAAAAGUAGAGUACGCACCACAUCCAUACAUUUGGAUGUCGCCGGCUAAGUCCCGCUCUACUGGUCUCGGUAUGGUUUCUGAUGGAAUUGAGUUACCUCUUUCGGAGCUCCCUCCUGUCAAUGAGAAGGAUAUCAAGAUAUUACCUAUGUGCUGGAAGAACCCAGUCACUGGCAACUUGGCACUACAGAUCCAUCCUAGUGCUAUCAAAGCCAUUCAUCUUCCAAAUGGAGAAGUCAUGACUGAUCUUAAGGAAGUGAGAGAUUUGGUUUACCGCUUGCAACGACCAGCUAUUAGUCCUCAAUUCGUGUAUCCGCACGAUUGGGUCGAAGGCGACUUGGUUUUGUUCAACAACCAAGGAGUGUUACAUUCAGUUGUUGGCGCAUUCAGCCCUGAGGAAAAGAGACUAUUCAGGCAAUGCAACAUGGCUUCUUCUGAUGGAGUUAUGGGACCAGAUGGCAAGCUCUACUAG